AUGUCUCUCCAGUUUGCUGGUGGAUCCAGGCAUGUCUGUUUACGGUCUGGAACUGGAUCUGUCAGACCACCCAAUGGAAGCUCAGGCUUUGCAGGCAGCAAUGCACGUGGAAGCUCUGUUGCUGGAAGUGGAUUUUCCUGUGCCUUGGGAGGGGGCUUGGUCAAUGUUCCCAGUGGGAGCCAUGCUGGUAGUGCCCUUGGAAAUGCUGUUUGUCUUGGCUUUGCUGGAAGUGAAGGGGGACUCCUCUCUGGGAAUGAGAAGGUAACCAUGCAAAAUCUUAAUGAUCGCUUGGCAUCCUACCUGGAUAACGUGCGAGCUCUGGAGGAGGCGAAUGCUGAAUUAGAGAGAAAAAUCAAGGGAUGGUAUGAAAAAUAUGGACCUGGAUCUUGCCGUGGACUUGAUCAUGACUAUAGCAGAUAUCACCUAACAAUUGAAGAUCUUAAGAAUAAGAUUAUCUCUACUACUACUGCCAAUGCUAAUGUCAUUCUGCAGAUUGAUAAUGCUAGACUGGCUGUCGAUGAUUUCCGGCUAAAGUAUGAAAACGAGCUUGCCGUUCACCAAAACGUAGAGGCAGACAUCCACGGAUUACGGCGAGUCCUGGAUGAGCUGACCCUGUGCAGGACCGACCAGGAGCUGCAGUAUGAGUCCCUGAGUGAGGAAAUAACGUAUCUCAAGAAGAACCACGAAGAGGAGAUGCAGGUUCUACAGUGCGCGGCUGGAGGCAACGUGAACGUGGAGAUGAACGCGGCCCCCGGCGUGGACCUCACGGUUCUGCUCAACAACAUGCGAGCCGAGUACGAGGCCCUGGCCGAGCAGAACCGCAGGGACGCCGAGGCCUGGUUCAACGAAAAGAGCGCCACUCUGCAGCAGCAGAUCUCCAGCGACGCCGGCGCGGCCACCUCCGCCAGGAACGAGCUGACCGAGAUGAAGCGCACCUUGCAGACCUUGGAGAUUGAACUGCAGUCCCGCCUGGCAACGAAACACUCCCUGGAGUGCUCCUGGACAGAGACCGAGGGCAACUACUGCACGCAGCUGGCGCAGAUCCAGGCUCAGAUCGGGGCCCUGGAGGAGCAGCUGCACCAGGUCAGAACCGAGACCGAGGGCCAGAAACUCGAGUACGAGCAGCUCCUCGACAUCAAGGUCCACCUGGAGAAAGAAAUUGAGACCUACUGCCGCCUGAUAGAUGGAGAUGGCAAUUCAUGCUCCAAAUCAAAGGGCUUUGGGUCAGGAAGCUCAGGAAAUUCAUCUAAAGAUUUAUCCAAAACCACACUGGUAAAGACGGUGGUUGAAGAGAUAGAUCAGCGUGGUAAAGUUGUUUCAUCGAGGGUUCAGUCCAUUGAAGAAAAGACAUCUAAAAUAACCAAUGGCAAGACAGAACAAAGGGUUCCCUUCUAGUUGUCUUUUUUGAGAAAAGAAUAAUUUGGGAAAGGAUCCUGCACGACUACAUUAUUCUAAAUGUCAGGGAGAAUA